AUUGUCCUUGACAUGAAAAUCGCCGAGGAAAAUGAUGGAAGCAGCUCAUAUAAACUCAUUGCUUUGGACAGACCACUGCCGUAAGAGUACAAAUAACACUCACAAGGCUCAAAACUUGUGUGUCCCUUGUCCCUUUACCAAACCAACCCAACUUCCCUCCUUAAAACAAAUCAAACCCCAAGAAGAAAAAAAAAAGUGAAAAAGAAGACAAGAAAGUGUUGAUCUUACGAACGUCCACCACCCAAAGGCUCACAUCGCCCAAAGAAGAAACAAGAGCAACAAAAACAGCUAGCUCUACCUGCCAGUAGGAAUUUGUGUCAUGUGCAUGGGUAGAACAGGAAUGGCAAUCAGCUGUGUAGAAGAGAAAAUAUGCAGAGUGGCCAGUGUCAAUACAAUGGAGGACGAUGGUGGUGACAACAGCAGUUUGACUCUCUUAGAGUGCCUGAGAGGAAGAUUGCUGGCAGAGAGACAAGCCUCUAGAGCAGCUAAAGACGAUGCAGAGUUCAUGGUUCAAAAGUUGACAGAGCUGGAGGAGAAGCUGAGAGAAGAGAUCAGAUUGAGGGACAAGGCCGAGAAGAGGCUUAAAUUCCUUAGGGGAAAGCUUGAAACUGCGAACAUCCCAUUUUCACCUACAUUGGAGGAAUCAGAAGAAUCUUGCAGAUCACCCAUUGCUUCAGGCCCCAAAGACGCACGAUUAGAAAGAGCCAAGAGGCAGAUCUCAGAGCAAGAAACUUCCCAAGACUCGAAAACCGAUUCUUCAAAUCACCUCAAGUCAAGUGAUCACUCUGACACCCAUGAAGCUCAUCUUGAUUGGGAAAUUGAUGAUUUUCCUGCUGAAAAAUCUGGCCAGCAAAUCACCCCCAGUGAUGAAGAGUUCAAGAUUGAUGACCCCAGUUCUCCCAUGUUGAAAGCUUCAGUGGCAGAGCCAGAGACACGGAAAGGGAUUGACAAGCAAGCUCCCAGCUUACUGGCACCGGUCCCAAUCAAGCUUCCAGCAAAACCUCAGCCGAGAGAGAUGAAGAUAACGAGGAAAAUCACAAGCCAAGCCCUUGAUCCUCUGAUCCACGCCAGAGUAAAGACUCGGAGUUCAAUGGAAAGAAGGCAUAUGUUUAAAGCUCUGAUCUGUUAAUACAUGAUAGCUGACACCAGCGACAUCUUUCUCCGCCUUUGUCCUGCUUUUUCUUAUUGUCCUUUCUAGAGGACAAGUUAGGCAAUAAUAUGUUCCAAAUUGUGCUUGAAACCUGAGAUAUUUAAAAACUGGAGGUGGUUUUUCCGGGACGCCUUGAUUCUGAACCCAGACCUUAGAUAUUUUUCCCUUCUUGCAGUUUCGCUGCUCAGUGUAUUUAUGAAGUCUUAUUGAAAGGAGGUUGUCAGUUGCUUCUUGUGACUCAAGUCAUGAGCCUAGGAUGAAUCAUUGUACUCCCUUCCUUCAUGUGAAUUGACGGGAAAGUGUUAAAUGUAUAAUCUAUUGGUCAA